GCUGCGCUUUAAAUAGCAGGUGUGGAAAACUGUGUCCCUACAUACACCACCACCAUCAUCAUCAUCAUCGCCAUCACCGCCGCAAUGUCUACCGCCAGCGCAGAGACCACCGCGCAGCUGCCGCCGGCCGCGGGCAGGGUGUUCUUUCAGCCCGGCGUGGGCUGCGCCGGCGCCGGACCGAUGCAGCGCGAUGACCCGGUGCAGAAAAAACAGGGCAAAGUGACGGUGAAGUACGACAGAAAAGAGCUGCGGAAGAGACUCAUACUGGAGGAGUGGAUCAUUGAACAGCUAAGCGAACUUUACAACUGCGAGGAAGAGGAAAUGCCAGAGGUGGAGAUAGACAUUGAUGAUCUCCUGGAGGUGAACAGUGAAGACGAGAGAGCCAUAAAACUACAGGAAUCACUAUCAGACUGCUACAAGCCCACUGAUGACUUUGUGCGCGAGCUCCUCGGCAGGAUAAGAGGAAUGAGAAAACUCAGUGCUCCGCAGAAGAAAAGCUUUUAAGUGCUCGACAAAUGUCAACGACAAUCCAGCUACCUGAACUACAGGUCCCACAAUCCAUCACUCAGCGCAGAGUCAACCUCAUACAGCCCUCAAGGACUCCUCUAUCCCGGGAUUCAUGUCUGGCCAGAAUCAAUAUACUAGAGUUAAUUUUCCAAGGACCCUGACUUUGUUCAGUACACCUAAAUUGAGUCAUCUGUUUCCCAUAGAUCACACAAUAAAUCCAAGAGUGCAAAGUUCAUCCGGGACACAAUCAAACAAUCGCAGAAGCAGCCGCGUGGGACAGUCUGAUGUUCCUGUCCUCAACCUCUCAAUGGGUCACAUUAUUACACUGUUUGGUGCAGCAUUACAGCUAUUUUUAUGACUACAAAGCUAUUUUAUAUAGCCUAUUGAAUGUUUUUCCCCUAAAUAACUGUCUUUGGUCUUUUUUAAAAAUCAUCUGAUCCUGGAUCUGCGGUGAUAUUCACCAAUAUCUGUCUAGUUUUCAUAAAUUUGCACAACAGUCAUUCUACCCUAGAAUCCGUACUUCAGCAAAGCAUAAUUGAAUAUAUAGGUUCAUUAAUAAUAAUUGGCCAGAGUGCAUAUCAGUCUGUCAUAUUUUUCAUGGCCAUGUUAAUCUUUCAAGAAUAUUGAACUGUUCUUGAAAGGUCUGUGGCUAAAAUAACUACUUUCAUAAAGUGAACAUGAUUGUGGUAUGAUAAAAGUUCAAAGAUUUUGGGUGGGAUGUGAUGGCAAAGUAAAGAAAUUAGACUAUAUUCGGAAAUAAAGGAAUAGUUGAUCCAAAAAGGGAAAAUUUUCUUAAAAUGUAUUCUUAAACCUCAGGCCAUCCAAGAUGUAGAUGAGUUUGAUUCUUCAUCUUGUUCAAAGAAAUCUAGCAUUCCAUCACUUGCUAACAGAUGUAUCCUCUGCAGUGAAUGGGUGCCGUCAAAAUGAGAGUCCAAACACCUGAUAAAAACCGUUUGGACAAAUGCUUCUGGCCAAAAUACAAGUCCAUAACCCAUAAUCAUGUUUG